AUGCCUGGCUCCUCUGCUAGCUUCUCUCUGUCCGGGAGGACCUCUCACUACUCUUCUUCUACUCUUUCCCCUCGCCCUUCUGUUCCUCCUCCUCCUCCUCCUCCUCCUAAGUCUAAAGCUAAAUCUAAGUCUAAGUCUCGCUCUGCUCCUAAACGCCCUAAACCUUACUCUGCUCCUGCUGUUCCUCGCUUGGUUCUUGUCUCUUGGCUCCGCUCUGUUCACCCUGGCAGGAUCCUCUCUCGUCCUCCUCCUUCUGCUUACUCUACUCCUCCUCAGCGCACCUCUGCCCCUCCUCCUCGCUCUGCUUCUCCUAAGCGCUCCUCUGCUCUUUCUGCUCGCUCUGUUGCUCCUCCUUCUGCUUCCUCUGCCCCUCCUCCUGCCGGGUAUCUUCAGCUCACCUUUCUUACAGAUUCUUGGUUCGCUACUCUAUGCGUUCGGAAAUUUCCCCUUCGCACUCUUCCCUCAAAGCCUGCUCCUCCUGCUGAGCCUCCUCAGCUCACCAAUGCUAACCCUGUACCUGUCGUCCUGCAGUCGGAGUCUGCCCCCACCAUCCCUGGACCUUUCUCGGACAAGGUGGUGUCAAAGAAGGCCCAGAAACAUAAGCGUAAAAGGUCAUGUGAGCCGGGCACAAGACCUCAGCCCAAAAAACACAAGUCUUCCUCCUCCCACUGUUAA